AUGGGUAUUAACGUUGGCACCUUUUGGCGACACUCGGUGGUUGUCGCUGUGGGAAUAUUGUUAUUCUAUAUGAUAGUAUUUAAAAGAAAACAAGUACUGGAGAGUGCCUUUUUUACGAGCGAUGCAAACCCGCAGAUGCAACCACAGAACGGUGAACUGGUAUUAACCGAGUCCGAGCUGUCGAAAUUCGACGGUAAAGACAGCGACCUGCUGUAUUUGGUCAUAUUGGGGCACGUGUACGACGUCACGCAAGGUUUCAAACAUUAUGGACCGGGGCAGUCAUAUCACAUGUUUGUUGGGCAUGAUGCAACGCGAUCUUUUGUGACUGGUGAGUUUAAGCAGUACUCCGCAGAGCUAAGCGAUGUUUCUGCGCUGAAAGAAGCGGAACUACAGCAGCUAUUCACGUGGAAGGAAUUCUACGAUAAAACGUAUCGUUACGUGGGUAAACUAAUCGGACGGUACUUUGAUACGUUGGGACAGGACACCGCGUAUUAUCGACACGUAAUGGACCGUGCUGCGAAGGCAAAGAAUAGCAAGGAAAACGAACGCGAAUAUCCUUCCUGCAAUGUAGAAUGGAAGCUCGAAACGGGCACCCGGGUAUGGUGUACGAAUCGUAGCGGAACUGGCCAAGAACGAUCUUGGGUAGGUCGGCCUCGAAAGGUUGUCGCCAAUGGUGACGGUGACGCUCAGAGUGCACAGUUUUGUGCUUGUGUACCGGCGGAUAUUGCAAACGUACAAUACGUACCAUUCCCAGGAUGCGAUACCACGGCAGAAUCUUGUAUUGUGCCUGAUCAAAAGUAG